AAUAUUCUAAACGUAAUGUAGGGUCAAUGACUAAUGAUUGUCUGUUUACAAUUGUUGUGCAGAGACCACAAAACCGAAAAAAACCUCAUCCUUGAACAUGGGCUUCAUGAUGUUUUCUUUGACUUAGCUUCUCGGUAACGUUCUUUCACACAUAGAAGAAUGUUUAUUUAUCUUUAUUCUGCACAAUAAUUAAUUUUUUUGACGUAAAUGCUGAGUCCAUCACCAUUCACCAAGUCUUUUUCCCUAGGCCUCACCAUGUUGUGUCUUUCUUGUUCAAGAUUCUGAUUUACUAAACGAAAUCAAGAAACGACUAUUUCGAAGUCGCACCCACGUUCCCCAUUUGCCUACAUUUCAUUUGUUUAGUACAUACAGCUUUACCAUUUCUCAUGUUCUCAGGCUCCUGCCUGAAAUUGAGCAAGACCCAGAAGUCUAAGAGAAAGCAGUGGGUUAAGAGGGUUUAUAGGACUAGUUUUGGCUUGAAAGGUUGAUUCUUGGCCAGUAGUGCGACUUCAAUUUGAGGCUUUCAUAUGACACAGUAGUUAAGAUCUGGGAAAAAGGGUUUUGCAUUCUUGGAUAUUUGGCUAUUUAUGUGCAAAUGAGGGGUUUUGGGAAAUUCCAAUGUGGAUUUUAGAGGAGUACUGCAUUAAAGUUGAGAACUUUAUUGAAAAUGGCCUCUCCAGAUUCUUCCCCUUCUGUUUUUCCACUCCCAGUUUUCCCUGCAGCUUCACCUUCAAAUUCUAGUUCUAGUACAUCUCCUCCUCCACCUCCAGACUCUUCAGCUCCACCUCCUCAAUCCUCUUCUCCACCAGCUCCGCCUUCUCCUCCUCCUCCAUCAGAGUCAAAAUCACCACCUCCUGCAGAAUCUCCUCCACCACCACCUCCGACAGAAGCACCACCACCACCGUCAGUAUCACCGCCGCCACCGCCCUCACCACCUCCACCUUCUCCUAAGGCUCCUCCACCUGCCAGUGCCCCACCUCCAGUUUCAUCUCCACCCCCACCAUCACGAGAAUCUCCUCCUCCAGCCCCUCCUCCUUCCCCACCUUCUCCCCCUCCAGCAGUUUCACCUUCCCCUCCACCACCAGUGAAAAAUCCAUCACCACCCCCUGAUUCUCCACCACCACCACCACCACCACCACCUGUUGUAAACCCGCCACAAAACUCCCCUCCACCUGCCGCAUCAACACCCCCUCCAGCUUCACUGCCAUCUGCUCCUCCACCUGUCCCCUUAACAUCUCCACCCCCUUCUAUUUCUCCUCCUGCUCCCCCUAAUAAUGCAUCUCUAGCUGGAGCUCCCCCUCCAUUACCUGUGCCUCGCCUUCCUACAGAGAAGCCCACGGCUAAAUCAACUACCCCUAAUCCUGCUAGCACUGCAGAUUCAAGUCCCAGAAAUGGUGGGGGACAUAGGACUAGAGGUGUAGUGGCAAUUGGUGUUGUUGCUGGGUUUUUGGCCCUUAGCCUGGUGAUUCUUGCUGUCUGGUUUACACGGAAGCGAAAGAAAAGAGAGAGCGCAUUUAAUCUCAAUUACUUGGGGCCCUCUCCAUUUGCUGCUUCCUCACCAAAUUCAGAUACAUCAUUCCUAAGAUCAAGGUCCCAACAUUCUACUUAUCUAGCUGCAAGCGGCUCGCAAAGCAAUUUUAUGUACUCUCCAGAGCAUGGCGGUAUUGGAAAUUCAAGAUCAUGGUUCACUUAUGAAGAACUAGCUGAGGCAACAAAUGGUUUUUCCUCUGAGAGUAUUUUGGGUGAAGGUGGGUUUGGGUGUGUUUACAAAGGUGUUCUUAGUGACGGAAGGGAAGUCGCUGUCAAACAGUUGAAAAGUGGAAGUGGACAAGGGGAACGUGAGUUCAGAGCAGAGGUUGAGAUUAUCAGCCGUGUACACCAUCGUCAUUUGGUUUCGCUCGUAGGUUAUUGUAUCUCAGAGCAACAAAGGUUACUUGUCUAUGACUUUGUGCCAAACGACACGCUUGACUAUCAUCUUCAUGGUAAAGGCGGGACUAUGGAUUGGGCUACCCGAGUAAAAGUAGCUGCUGGUGCAGCACGUGGACUUGCUUAUCUGCAUGAAGACUGCCAUCCCCGCAUUAUCCAUAGGGAUAUCAAAUCAUCAAACAUUCUCUUGGAUAUCAACUUUGAAGCACAGGUUGCAGAUUUUGGGCUUGCAAGGUUAGCAGGUGAUGUCAAUACACAUGUGUCAACUCGUGUGAUGGGAACCUUUGGAUACUUGGCACCAGAGUAUGCAUCUAGUGGAAAAUUAACAGAGAAAUCUGAUGUUUAUUCAUUUGGCGUUGUGCUUUUGGAGCUUAUUACGGGGCGGAAACCUGUUGACCAGUCUCAGCCCUUAGGUGAUGAAAGCCUGGUUGAAUGGGCUCGACCUUUGCUUGCUCAAGCACUUGAGACUGAAAAUUUUGAAGGUAUAGUAGAUCCAAGGCUUGAAAAGAACUUUGUUGCGAGUGAGAUGUUCCGGAUGAUUGAAGCAGCUGCAGCUUGUGUACGUCAUUCAGGCCCAAAAAGGCCUCGUAUGAGCCAGGUGGUUAGAGCUCUAGAUUCCAUGGAUGAGCUGUCAGAUCUGUCCAAUGGAAUGAAACCUGGACAAAGUGAAAUUUUUGAUUCAAGGGAACAAUCUGCACAGAUAAGAAUGUUUCAAAGAAUGGCCUUUGGAAGUCAAGAAUACAGUUCAGAUUUCUUCAAUUACUCCCAAAGCAGCUAUAGGAGUUGAGUGUUCAACGACUUAUUAUCAAAUAUUACCCUAGUGUUCCCACCUGGUGCAAAAUCCAAGCAAUUCCCGACGACAAGUGGUGGUUUCUCACAAUCUUGGAAUGAAUAUACCAUAACUCACUGAGAGAUCUGACCUGUAAUUACAUUGUGUAAAUCACUGUGCUAUUCCUUUUUUGGCUAGCGUUGAAAUCUGCAUUCUUUUUUAACUCCUUUUUGUUGUCUUUACUAGAUCACACGGCAAACAAUUGGUUUUGUAGCAUUCUGAAAUUCAACAUUCUAUUCAUACAAUGUAGAUAUAUUAGUCAAGAGUUCGUUUGACUUAAAAUACAUGCUAACUAAUCGUUGUUUGUUC